GCGGCGGAGUUCAUCUUGACGUUCCAACGUGGGCCAUGGACGGGGCAGAAGUGGCACCGUGUGCUACAGGAAGAAGCCCAAGAGUGGGCGGCGACAUGCGCUGGCAACCCCCUGGUUAAGCACUUCUUGCCCAGAAUAUCGCAAGAAACUGGCAUCCCGAUCGCGGACUUGAGCGAUGAGCGUAUCAGGUCUCUCCUGCAGUCCGCCAACUUCCUGAAACGGCGUGGCCCGGCCACGAUUUCGCGAUGGGACGCCUUUCACCAAGGCUGGCAGGAGCGCCGAGGUGAACUGGCCCUCAUGCUGUUACUGCUGAUUGGGUACGGCUUAAAAGCUGGCUUCUUACACGGGACCCAUCAUCUUCGUUUGGGCACUGUUGCGAUGUCGGCAGAGGCACCUGCCAGCUCUGGUGCCAACGAGACCUUGAAGGCCGCCACGAAGUCGGCGAUGUUCCGCCAAUGCAAGAACAAGGUCCAUGUGGUAACGGCCUGCCUUCUCAAUGAGGACAUCCUCACAUGCAUCAACUCCUAUUACGCCACAUCGCUGCCUCUCAGCAACUCGGGCUGA